UCAGAUCCUCCGCUCGGUGCUCGGCUGCUCCGGCCUGUGCGGCUUGUUUUCAUGAGCAGCAGGGCUACAGCUAACGGCUCACUGCGGGGGUCCGACAACUAAAGGUGAGGCUAGCCUCCCUGCCCCGCCCUGCAUUGCCAUGGAUGCCUGUGCCAGGAUCAAAGGAGUUCCACUCAAAAACCGUGCCAUCAGGAAAGAGACUGUACAUGAGAACUCAGCUCUGUCCUUAAGAAGCCUAUUGAAGAACAGAAAGGAGCUGAGCAAUGUGGUGCCAGAACUGCACACUAGAGAAUCUCAGUUUCUGCCAGAGAUACAUUUUGUAUACUUACCUAGUCAUGCUGAGGGUGAGGAUUUCACACUACAGGCUUUGGCCUCUCUAUCUGCUGAGUUGAUGGAGCUGCUCAGAUCACUGCAUGUGCACACUCUGAAGGAUGAAGAAGUGCUGCUCCUCAAGGACCCCAAACGGCCUUUUGACAGGAAAGAAGGCAUUGUACCGGUUGGCUUAUCCAGAGCAAUGUGUAUACUGAGACAUGGAGGCUCUCCACAAAUCAGCACAAUGCUGGGGCUACUGACACGCUAUACAGCAGGAAUCAGAUAUGCCCUGGAGUUGCAGUCUCUGCAGAGGGGCGUAUCGGAGGCGUGUCAAGCUGAAGAUGAUGACACUAACCAGUCUGUCUCGUCUAUUGAGGAGGACUUUGUUACGGCUUUCGAACAUCUUGAGGAAGAUGAGACAGCUUCAUUUAAUAAGCGGAAUCAGAGGGAUGUGGCUUCUCAAACCCUUCCUCCUCAUUUUAAAGAUCUAUCUGGCUCCCGUGUCAUCAUUAGUUCCAUCUCCAAGAAGUCAGUGAACAAAGAAAAGUCAGCUUUUACCUUGUCAGGAGCAAAGCAGAAGGCACAAGCAUCAUUAACUGGAAGUGCAGAGGGUCAGUGGAGCCUAACGACACCAAGUAGCCCACCAAAAGGACGAGUUACCUGUACAUCUCUCACAGAAUCAGAUGAAUCGGACUGCUCUAGUCCAAGCCCGAUUAUUUUUUUGGACGAAGUUGGUUAUCAGAAAAGUCUAAAGGCGAAACUAGACAUUCCCAAAAUCCCUGUUCUCAAAGAUGGAGUAGAAGACUCUGACUCUGAGGUUAGUGAGUUUUUUGAUAGUUUUGAUCAGUUUGAUGACCUGGAUCAGCCUCUCGAUUCCAGCGUGAAGAUUCCAAAAGAACAGGCCUUGUUUUCCCAGAAAAAGAAGCUGUCUGACUCCUCUGUUAGUAAAUAUGCUUCAAAGUCUGGCUCAACUACAGCAAUGAACCCUCACAAGUUUGACCACAGGACUCUCCCAGCCAAUGUCAAGAAACCCACUCCACUUAAACCAGGGUCACCAUACAGUUUACACUCUGAUGCCCCAGAUUCUCCACGGCCAACAAGGACAUCCUGUGAGGAAAGUGCGGGACUUUUCAGCCCAGUUCGCUCGUCAGCUUUCAGUCCCCUGGGAGAAGGAGGAGCUUUGGAGUGUUUCUGGAAAGUAGAUGGGGAUGCUUUGGAGUUACGCAAACCACAGGAUCUUUGUUCACUAUAUAAAACCUAUUCAGACUUUGCAAACAAUCUGUCAAAGGAAAUACUCGGAACUGUCUGCGGAUACUCUUCUCCCAUUGACAUUAACAUCAAUAAGAACUUGACUUGUGUCUGUCAUAAAGAGUUCAAAAACACUAACGGACAUCUUAUGAAGCUAUCAGACAUCCAAGAGACAGUCACCAUUGCCAAAUCACAGUCACAGUCUUUGAAAGACGGGAUCCAGAAGUUUGCCACAGACUUGGUUGAAAUGAGCAUUGGGAGUGCCUUACGAGAUUUACAGAAAGGAGUUUCUUCCUGCACUACAACGCUUUGCCAUUUAGCUGCAAGGCUAACCUCUUCAGUGUUUCAGAUGGCCUUCCAGGAAAUAGGGAUGCGCCAUGCGUAUGUUCUCAAAGAGCGUGCCAUAAAUGGACUGGCCAGUUUCCUUGUUGGGGAAGCAGUAUCUGGCGCUCUGAAAGAGUUCUUGUUCGUGAAAAAGCAGAUUUUCAACAACACUGUAACCCGAUUUGCAAGUGAUCUGGCAGAGGAACUAGUAUUUGAGAGCAUUAUGGAAGUUUGCCAGUUUUCGCAUCCUUCUACGCCUCUUACCCCAAGGGACUGGUCUUUUGAGCAAGAAGAGGAAGUGGUUUGCUCAUAUGCUUCAGACCUUUCAGAGUCAGUUCUCCAAGAGGCCUUUAUAGAACUGUCUCAAGCAGACGUGACUUUCACAACACAGGCUGCUAUAAGUGUGUCACUGGACAAUAUCUGCUACGUCAAUGCUGAAGACUCAUCCCAGACUAUGAAGAUCUGCAAUGCCCGAACGAGUUAUCAGGAACCGCAGCCACCUGCACAGCCUGGGAGCCAAGAGGAAGAUAGCUGCACUGUGAAGAAAGCUUUGUACUGUGUGUCUGGAAUGGCCAGCUGUGUUCCAGUUCCAGCAGCUGGUAAAGCUAUCUCCUACCUGCAAAGUCCAGAGGAAACAUGCCAUUAUAAGUCCAGCAUUAGUCACACAUGCCAGACAAGCCCCAAAAGAAGCAUUUGUUCUCAAGGGAGAGCGAUGACGUCCACUUCAGCCACAUCUACUGCAACACUAUCUGAAUCAGUGCCAGGCAUUUCCAAAAUUCGCAAUGCCUGUGGUAACUGUGUAAAUGCAUCCCCUGGAACUGCCUCCCCUGGGAAAACUCCAGCUGAAAGAAGUUGUCACAAUUUUUCAGGUGCUCUGGUUGACACAAUAGUGGGCGAAGCAUUUGAUAUCAUGACCGCAAGCAAAAUGAAGAAGAAAGUGGAAGACUGUGCUGAUUUUUUGAGUAAAACAAUAGGGGGUAGAAUGGCCACUUCAGGUAGUGGUGUGGCAAAGUCCCAAGACGUGGCGUGCCAGAGUUCACCACCUUAUGACUUGCGUGUGCCUCAGAAAGUCUUAUCAUUUGUUGGUAAAGGAAGUGUGGCAGAGUCAUCAUCCUUCUGUCCCACGCAAUCUCACUUGACAUUAGCAUCAAAGACCACAGAUAAAGCCAACUGUGAGUCUGCCUCAAGAAGUUUACGUUCAGCCAGCAAAUUCCCUGCAGAUGUCCACUCUGUUAUUAUAAAAGAUACUUUGGAAGUGCCAAGUUUUGAAGUGAACGUCCGUGGCAGCCGAAAAGUUGUGACGGAGGAGAUGCUAAGCAGCAACUCUGGCGCAAAAUCCAACGGAAGCCCAGGCACUCCUCCAUCGACUCCGCAGCAACCAUCUGACAUCUCUAGUGAGAAACAGAUCAAACAGUUCUCUAAGAAGCUCAAGAGUAAGCUUGCAAAGGAAUUCUCCCCUGCAACACCUCCACCCACUCCACAUUACCAGCCCACUGAAGGCCACAAGGAGGAGGGCUCUGAUUCAGACAAAGCUGAAUUCAUGCUAAAGCUCAUGAGGUCUCUUUCUGAAGAAGCUGUUAAUAAUGAAGACGAAGAUGAAGACCAGGAAGAUGGGCUUAACUCUGCAGAUCAGAAUGCAGAACCAACUCCAAGUCCAGGAAACCGAGUCAUUGAGAGAGGAGCUCUGCAUUACGCUGAACGUUUGGCAUGCCAUAUUAUAUCCAUGGCAACUGAGAUGGACACUAUAAGCUUCGGCGAUGGUGGACGGAAGCAGGAGAAAGACGGAGGCAAGGGCAGUGUUGUUUUGCACAGUGCACAGUUCUCAGAACAGACCUUGAAUUCCCUGUGGACCUAUGCUGGUGAUAUUGCUGGGGAGGUUAUCAAUGAUGUCAAGAGGAUGGUAAGUUCCAGCCAUUGCCGCCACAAAACAGCUAAACGAUCUAGUAAGGCAGAUCCCAACCGUCAGAGUGGUGACCAGAAUGUGGAGACCCAAAACCGCUUGUCUGGCAUGGCUAAUCAGUGGUCAAAUGACCUCCUUGCACCAGUCCUCAACCCUCAGAGAGUCCCGUCAGGUGGAAUGUCAUCUGAGUACCCAAGCUGUGAAAGUGUUACGGAUGAGUAUGCAGGAUACGUUAUCAAGGUCCUAAAGAAAGAAGGGGGAAAUCGGGAGCUCAUCUUGGAUCAGUACGCUAGUCGAUUGGCAUAUCGAUCAAUCAAAUCAGGCCUGGCGCAUGCUGCACGCAAAAUAAAGCAGAGGUCUCCUUUAAGGCUUCACUCAUCUCGCCGUUUACACCACGACGGCAGCCACAACAACUGUAGGGUUCCGCCAUCUGAGUUGUCUCCUUCAGUCCUUACUCCCCAAGUGAAAGAAGGAGGCUCUUCAAGUGAAUCCAUGUUGUGUGUUUGUCAAGAUGGGGAAGACAUGAGCAGGAAUGAUUACAUGGAACUUGUGAAUUUUGCAGAGUCCCUGGCGUACAAUAUUACAUGUGAUGUUACAAGAAAACUAAGAAUGUCAUCGGUUAAGCUUCCCAAAUCUCUCACUGACUCAUGUCUCUACAGGAAGUCAAAUGCUGAAGACACAGCAGAAAAUGUAAUAAAAACGACAUUUUCAUGCUCACUGUUGCCAUACACAGAGAAAAACAGACAGUACCACAGCACCGGCAGCUUAGAUGAUGGAAAUUACAACAACGGUGUUAUGCAAGUAAUCGAGCAUUAUGCCAAGAAGAUCGUUGAUGACACUCUAGAGGUGACUCUGGGACAUUCUGGUCACCAGACAGCAGAAGAAAGAAGGACUUUAGAGCUGAAUUCUUUUACAGAGAAGUUGACAGAAGCCUAUAAAGCCUGUCGAUACUGUCAAGCCAGAGAUUGCCCGUUUUGCAGCAGGGAUGGACAUCUCAAGUACCAGGGAUUGCACAGUAGGAUGCGUCAAGACUCUGAAGGAAUGGCGGGUCUUGAAAUUCCCAAAAUUCACAUCGAUUUGGACAAGAGAGCAGUGUUUGCAGAAGAAAUGGUGUCUGCUGCAAUUGAGAAGGCCAAGAAGGAACUGAGCAGCACCAGCUUAAAUGCAGACAGUGGGAUUGGUCACGAUGGUGCAAGCUUUGCAGAAAGUAUUACCACAGAGAUCAUGACGUCUGCCAUGUCCAACGUCUGCCAAACCAUAAAUCUGAGUUCUCCUGGGAGAGAGAGUGUGACCGAGUCAACGGUCAGUCAGCAGCUCAAUCUGAGUGUGGGAGACGACAGUCUUGGCAGCUGGUCUAAUUUGAGCUUUGAAGAAGACCAUCCAGAUGAAAGUAGUAGCUUCCACCACCUAAGUGACAGCAGUAAUGGGAACAGCAGUAGCUGGAGCAGUCUGGGGUUAGAGGGCGAGGUUUAUGAAGAGCAUUUGUCCUUCUCCCCAUCAGACAGUGACUGCACAGAGGAGAAGGAGACGGAGGCCAAGAACAACUUGGGUGGGACGGUGCGAGCGGAGAGGGGCCUUGCUCAAGCGGAAAGGGCUGUGUUGGUGGUCAGUACAGAUGUGUGGGGCCAGGCCCCAGAUCCCCAGCUGAGAGCAGUGCUUCAGUGGAUGGCGGCAUCCAUCGCUGAGCUGCCAGUCAUUCAGCUUAAUCUGCAAUCGGAAGCAGAGCUGCAGCAGUUCCUGACUGUAGUGCAGUGUCUGAGAGAGCGAGAGUGGCGGGUCGGGGAGCUCCUGCAGGCCCUGCUCAGAUACUACGAGGAGAGCCCGUACCAGGAAGAACCGGGGGCCGUGGACACCGCGCGCGGCCACAGGACCCUGUUCCAGUGGCUUCUAGAACACGCGUAGACCACCAACACCUACCUGUUGCUUACACUAGCAAUCGACACUCCAAUAGCGAGCGCUAACAGCACUGUUUUAAAGGUGAAGAUUCCUGUCACUUCACAGUGAUGUGCAAUGUACCUGCCAAACGUAGAGGCCUAGCCAGUUGAAUGUGUCUAUCUGUGUGUGUGUGUUAUGUAUUGGUAGUGCACCCGCCACCACUCUGAGGGGAGGGGGCACCACAGAAAAGGCUGACGUAAUCUCUGGGAGACUUGUUGUGUGUGUGUGUAUGUAUGCGUGCGUGUGUGUUUGUGUGUGUGUGUCGCAUGCUGUGACUGAAGGUGUUUUAUUUCUUUAUUUCUUUUUUGUUUCCACUUGUCACUUUUCUUUGAAAUUAGACUGCAUAUCACACACACAUGUAAUAUGCUAUCAUUUGCACCUUUCCUUUGUUGUGUUUUGCUUUCACGCCCUAACCGAGUGUUACAGCGAAAGACAGAGGGCUUUGUGGCUGUGUUGUUCUCUGUAAGGGAAUCCCCACAGCUGAAGGGAAGAAUCAGUCACUGUCAUACCUUUCCUCUGUGGGGAUGUAGCCACAUGUCACAGGGACCAUCCUAACAAACCACUCCCAGAACUAAAAAAAAAAAAAAAAAAAAACACUUCCAUCUAUCCUAUCUAUCUGUAUUUACUGUCAUUAUGGACUUGUGCCGUGUGCCAACUGACAGCCAAAUGAACCAGGUAACAUUAUAGUGGUUAGCAAUUAAAGACCAAUUAUUCAAUUAUAACAGUAUAAUAGCACAUAUUUCCCCACACAGCCUCAAUACCAGUAUCUGUGGUUUCCAAAUAGCUUUCCAGUGACAUGCCUCAUGGUAAAUAUUUUGACAGAUUAAAAAUAGUUCCUGUUAAACGAAUCCAUCAACAGAUUUUAUUACUAUUUUCAUCCCACUCCGAACCCUCCCUUCCUUUCUUUUCUUUUUUUUUUUAGUUUGUUAUUUCCGAAUGGCACUGGAGUUUGUUAAAAGAUCCUAAAGCCUAACUUUAGAGAUAAAGCAGCACAUAUGUAAAUAUAUUUUUGUAUGACUGAAAAGGUAACCUGUAAGUUGUUUACACCCUAACGGUCCACACCCUCUCCUCUGAAGGAUACUUCAUAACAGGUUAAGGUAUAUUUGAGUGUUCUCAGAAUGUGUUUGAUCCACUGUUGCCAAAAAUGUACCAGUAAUCACACAGUUCACGUCAUUAUUUUUUUAAGCGUCCGUCCAGGUUAGGUAAAUAAGUGAAGUAUCAGUAACUAGUACAUUCAUGAUAAGCUGCUAAACAGGCAAACCUGCACAGUAGAACGAAGCAGACUUAAAAACAGUAUGUUAGGCAGUGGGUGGAGUUUGCAAAACUGAACUGGGGGAUUCAUUUCUAUUUGAGUUUUUGCUCACUGGUAUUUACUAGGGCUUUACAUUAUAGAAAAAAAUAACAUUUCAACAAAAAUCACCAGAAGUAAACGGUCCAACAUUUCCUGAUGUUAAUAUCAGAUUUUAGUAGACAGGAGUAAAUUAAAUAAAUUUUUACAGAUAUAAUCUGUCUGGUAGAUAUGUGAGAAAUAAUAAAUAUUCAAUAUAUUGUGCAGCCCUAAUAUAAACUAAUAGCCGCUUUUCCACUGCAUGGUACCUACUAGGAGUGGGCGAUAUGGCCCUA